AUGGGAAACAAAACUUCUCCAAUGGAAUUUAUCCUCAGUGACUUGGCAGAAAAACCCAUUCUUCAGAUGUUAUGCUUUCCUGUAUUUUUUACUAUCUACCUCAUUGGGUCUGUGGGAAACAUGAUGAUUAUAACUAUCAUACUCAAGGCACCUCAUCUCUGGACUCCCAUGUACUUUUUUAUAGUGAACUUGGCUGGUUUGGACAUGUGUUAUAUCUCAACCAUUGUUCCUAACUUACUAGUAAACUCAUUAAGACAAAGAAAAACAAUAUCUUAUGAGGGUUGUGUGGUACAGUUAUACGUCUUUCUCAUGAUGGCAUCUACAGAGUCUUGUCUUCUUGCAGCUAUGUCUUACGAUAGAUAUGUAGCUAUAUGUCACCCUUUACGAUACACUGUCAUUAUCAAUAGAGAUGUUUGUUUACAACUUAAUGUAAGUUCAUGGAUUAUUGGCAUAAUUUAUUCCUCGAUUCACACCUCAAACACAUUUCAACUACAUUUCUGCAGGUCAAAUGUUAUUGACCACUUCUUCUGUGACAUUCCACCUUUACUGAAGAUUGCAUGUUCUGACACCAGAUUUAAUAAAAUCAUGGUUUAUGGAGUAGGAGCAGUCUUGAUCUUACCGUGUUUCCCUUUAAUAAUAGUUUCAUAUAUAUAUAUCAUACAUGAUGUAUUGAGAAUUCCUUCUGCUACCGGACGAAGAAAAACAUUUUCCACCUGUGUUUCUCACUUAAUGGCAGUUGGCUUAUUUUAUUUGACUGGCAGCUCAGUGUAUUUACAACCUUUAUCGACUACCACUACUCAACAGCAGGACAAAGUCAGUGCAGUUUUCUACACUAUAUUGGUACCAAUGGCAAAUCCUAUUAUAUACAGUUUGAGAAACAAAGACUUAAAAGAAUCGAUAAGUAAAAUGAUGACAACUAAAUUUCACUAA